CUUCCCACUUGACAAACUAGCCCUCAUCCUUCCACAUCUGUCUUUUCAACUCUUUCCACAAUCUUCUCCAGCUUCCCUUUCUCUUGCCAUUACAGACACCAGGUUCUUGCCGCAACCUCACCGCAGACACACCGACUAGCUUCAUUUGCUCUUUUCCUGACCGCCCCUCCAUCCUCCAUCCUCAUCCUCAAUUUCUUCAAGCUAUGGCACCCCCACCUCCGGCCACCUUGCCCUUGACAGAGCGUCUCCAGAAACUUGCAACCACGCUUCAGUUCGCCUGGUUCGCUGGCCAUGCCACCCUCUUGACGUCCGUGUUCUACUACGCCUUGUCCUAUGUGACCUUCAAGUCGAACUCCAAGACUGCUGCCUUUGCCUACCGUCUUGCCUUCAUCUCGGCUGUCGCAACGUACGGAAUCGUCGUCUUCAAGGCCUUUCGUGCUCGUGUGAGGUCCAGCGCCAAUGCUGGGACCGCUUUACUGCUUCUCUCGGAUGAAAAUGUUCAAUACCUACUCAUCAGCUUGGUCUGGCUCUACUCCAGACAAAUUCCCCUUGCCCUACUACCCUUCACGGUCUACUCCGUCUUCCACGUCGCUACCUAUACCCGAACCAACCUGAUCCCAACCUUCCAACCCCCACAACAGACUCCCGGAGCCACCCCAACUUCUCCUGGCGCUGCCAAAUCUCAAAGUGGCCUUGCCAACACCAUUGGAAAGUUCGUCAAGCAAUAUUAUGAUGCCUCAAUGGGUCUGGUUGCCCUGCUUGAGAUUCUCCUAUGGGGUCGCCUCUUCCUCUCUGCGCUGACCUUCAGCAAGGGAUCAUGGGUUUUGCUUGCCAUCUACUCCAUCUUCCUGCGAGCUCGCUAUCAACAAAGUCAAUUUGUACAAAGCGCCUUCUCCAAGAUUGCUGCUCGCAUCGAUCAACAGGUCCAGAACCCCAACGCUCCUCCCGCACUGAAGCAAGGCUGGGGUUCCGUCAAAGACGUCAGUGCUAGAUUCAUUGAUGCCACAGACGUUCGCAACUACACUGGUGGCGCCGCACAGAAGAAGCCUCAAUAGAGCUCGCACGCUGCGUUCAGUGGCUGUUUUUGUGAUCCCAGUAUGCGGAGUUCAGCUCAGCUCCAACGAAAAGCUGUGGUUUCUGCGGUAGGAUAUACCGUGAGCCUCACCGGAUGAACUUUGGAAACACGAAUCAAUUUGCGCCUGAGUUGCCAUACCCUGGGGUUGCCCAGCGAGGCAACUGCGCUGCUAUUUGAGACACCGGAAAACGCCGUGGAGAAUUUUGUGGAGGAGUGGACAAGGGGUCGUAAGGUUCCAACCUGCAGACGAUGCGGAUUACUGUUUCUCUGGUACAUCACUUACCAAACAGUACGUCUAGACAAAGGGAAGGACGAUACAGAGAGCGAGCAACACUUGCUUGCGUAUAUGCCUGGAGAUGAUGGGAGGUUUGAAUUGUCUAGCAUCGACAAAUCAUAGGCUUAUGACUCUUAGUUGUGUUUAUGUUUGGUUCAGUAGAAUCAUUUAGCAGAUGCUUGCGAGAACAGUCCCUGGUCGUUUUGUUAACAUGACAAGUUUUUUAUUUUCUCA